AUGGCUUCCAAAACAAGUCAGUCUUCAGUUACCCUUUUCCUAUCACUGAAUCUCCUCUUCUUUGCUCUUGUAAGUGGACAACAAACGUGCCCAAUGGGACUUGGGGUAUGUGCUAAUAUACUUAAAUGUGUGGGAGUUGGGGUGGGGGUGGGGGUGGGGGUGGGAGUGGGCUUAGGGGUGGGAUUAGAGGUGGGAUCUUCAGAAACUAUGGCAUGUUCCAGUGCAAUGGCGGGGCUGACGGAUCAAAAUGCUGCAUUUUGCUUGUGCACUGCCAUAAAGGCAGGCGAGAUGGGACCAAUUAAUGUGAGCCCGGCAGUCGCUGCCGGAGUCAUUCUCAACGCCUGUGGAAGGCCCGGUACUACCUUCAAUUGUUAA